GAGAGAGGGUAAAAGAAAAAGUAGAUCGAGAGGAGGGGGGAGGGGGGGGGGGGUGGUUAUGUCUUUUGUUCUGAUUUAGGAGGUUUGGUCGAGGUUUUGUGGUGGGUAGAGAUAGAUCUGUGAUGAAGAUUGUGAUUUUCUGGUGAGUUUCUGUUUGGAUUGGUCUGUUUAGAUUGGUUCCUAUCUUAUUUCUGGUACGCGGUGGUUGUACUCAGCCGGUUCAGAUGUGGGUGCUUAAGUUUUUCUCGGAUCUGGUCAGACAACAUUCCAAGCGAGACAUCAGAGGUCAUAGAUCUUCCUAUCAUCUUCUCUGCCUUUUGUCCUUUUGCGUUCUUUUAGAGAGAAGAACUCGUGUUUCUUCUAAACAGCCGGUUAUCUUUUCCGGCGACCUGGCUCCCGUGUAUCGGGCUUCGACUCUGGCUUACUGUAGCUACUUUAGCACUGUAAGGCUGGCUUUUGGCUCUGACGUCGUCUCAUCUUGGCUGGGAAACGUUGGCUUCUGUCUCGCGUUUUGUUACUAUGGGAUCCUACUUCCGGUUCGUUCCUGGUGGAUUAGCGGAUUCGAAUAUACGCCGGUGACUUUCUGAUACAGCGAAACUCAAUGAUCAAUAUAGGUUCGUAUUACUCGUAUUACUCGAUCCAAUGUAUGAAUUACAAAGAACCGCUCUCACCACGCCAAGAGCUUACAGGUAACACGCUAAAGGUUAACGCGUGGAAUAGGGGCGCUAAAGGUUAACACGUGGAAUAGGGUUGUUGGAUUGCGUUGGACCUUAUUUUGUUUGGACGUUAUGGAUCUUGUUGUUUAAUGUUCGUUUUAUGCGUUUGUUGAAACUUGGAAGAAGAAUGACGACUAUGUCCGAUCUUGCACCGGAAUUGGUUGGGGAGAUACUCGCUAGGGUUCCAAUAACAUUUCUGAGAGCAGUGCGAUCUACUUGCAAAUCAUGGGAUAGUCUGUCCGAAAACUUGAUUUUCGGUAAAGCAGUAGCAAGAAAGCAGCUUCUAGGGUUCAUGACGAUGGAUUAUAUGCUUUGCUCAGUGAUAUUCGAUCUCCAAGGAGUCCGCAACGGCUUUAUCGAUAUAUCUUUAAAUGAGAUAGAGAGAUUUAAUCGCAACAAGAUAGAUAAAGUGUUCCACUGUGACGGUUUAGUGUUAUGUGUCAUCAGUGACCAUGCGAAGAUCUUGGUGUGGAAUCCGUAUUUGGCGCAAACAAGGUUGAUUACACCUAUAGAAAGCUUCAUCAAAACCACUGACCAGUAUGCACUUGGACAUGACAGCAACGGUAACCAAAAGAUCUUGAAAUUUUCUGUUUGUCGCGAAGCUGCGUAUAAUUAUGAUACGCAUUAUGAGAUCUACGAUUUUAGCUCGGAUUCAUGGAAGGUUGUUUGGCCUUUAGGUCCUAGGGACUGGAGUAUUCCACCAUGCCAAUGCGGCCUUUCUUUGAAGGGAAAUACUUACUUUAUUGCUUCUAGUAUAAAAGGACUAGCUUGUUUUUUACUCUGUUUUGAUUUUACAAGAGAGAGAUUCGGACAGCUUCAACUUCCUUUUCACACUUCUGGAUAUCCUGUGACCCUGUCCUGUGCUUGGGAAGAGCAGCUCGCGGUGCUCUAUUUAGAGAAAGAAGAUGAGAUAUUGGAGAUUUGGGUUACGGAUAAGAUCGAGUGCAACACAGUGUCGUGGAGCAAGUUUUUCAAAGUGUCUAUUAGUAUCAAACCAUUCAAUGUUUAUGCACUUGGCUUCUUCAUUGACGAGGAGAAGAGAGUUGCUGCGGUUUUUGCCCAAGGCAAAAAAAAAAUCGAACGGUACCUACAAAACAGCUUACAUCAUUGGAGAAGAUCAAUGUUUAAAAUCUGUGAGAACUGGGGAAUCUCUUAAAGACAUGAGGAAACCACUUGUGUUCUCUUCUUAUCGUCCAAGUUUAGUGCAAAUUUACCAACCGCCCAAAUAAAAGAAAGAGAUACUUGUGAUUGUUUUAGUAACUGUUUCGCAUUUUACUGUUAAGACUUUUAAAAUAAAGGAUUUACAUUCAUCAUCUUUUUCUCUGGAUA